CGCGGCGGCGACAUUAACGAUACGGCGCUGUGCUCGUUCGGCGGCGCGUGAAAUUUCCGAACGCGGAAAAUACGCCGAUGUCGGUACUAGCGGUCUCUGACGGUAAUCGCGCGUCUUUCCCGUACUCGUGCAGUCGUCCGACCGUUCGCGGUUUGCCCCACCUAGUAUCUACACAGUACAUCACUACAUCAUUUAAAAUCCGCUCGUCCGUCCGUUCGUUCGUCCGUCUCUUGUUUUUCUUUUUUUUUCUUCUUCUAUUGCUAAGGGUAAAGAACUCGCCGCCCACGCCGCGACGUUGAAAAAUCGUUUUAAUCCGGUCAUUCCGAAGGUCGAGAAAACGUAACGCGUCUACGGCGCCGUGCUUUUAGUUUACCGUGAUUUACACCGCCGGUUUUAUUCAAUUCACUGACUAAUUUUUUUAUUUUUUAUUUUUCCCCCGUCAGUCGCGUGUUCCUGCAGUACACACACCUAACCUAACCGUUCAUGUUCGACAUCUGUUUUCGCUAAAAUAUCGUUUAAAGUGCGAAACACCACUCGAUCAUCUCGACCCGUACCUACCCGGUGACCGUUGGGUCGUUGUCUGUCAUUCGAAUGUGUUACGGGAUUCUUGCGGUCCUGUGACGUCCUACGCCGCUGCUGUGUUUGCUCAUCAUGCUUGACAUUCAAAUCGACGAUUGGAUACGUGAACCCGCUGAAGACGUGAGGUACAGCAGCAACUGCGGAGGAGCGACCGUCAGAUCUUGGCGCAGCAAAUGCGAUCCUGGUGAAUGACGCCUCCCUACUACAAUCGUUAAGCGCCGCAAACGACCCAGGUGAUAAUGGCCGAUCUCGUGGCCAGAUUAAGCAAGCUCGUGCGUUUGCACGGUGCUGGCCACAAAAAAGUUAACCAUCCAGAAGACCCAGUCUGCACGCCUCUCCGCAGGCCAAUUAAAGAAGAUUCUAAAUUUAAAGACGAUGAAGACCCAUCUGUUGAUUAUGUUGACAUUAUUGGUACUGAAGAACAAUUGGAGUUACACGGCUACCGACGACACAUGGGAUAUACAAUUAUGUCUUGGGUAGUGACAAUCAUAACAUGUGGCGCUCUUCGUUUAAUUUUUUAUUGGUGGCCAACAUUAAUGUUGUUUUCAACCCAUAUGAAAUGUUCAUUGCAAACUGCCGAAAAAAUUUUAGUGGUGGAAACAUAUAAAAAAGAUCAUAGAAGUAAACAUGUAGCAGAAAUAGAAAUCAUCAAUUCCUCUUCGCUAUUACCAAGCGAAGCAUGCCGCGUGAAUGGCUGGGACAGACAGGCGUACUUUGAACUCAAAUCACUUGGCGAUUCAGCAAAACUACCAGUGCGAACACCAAGUGGAAUUUUCAAAGACCUGGAUGAAAUAAGACGAUUCGACUUCAAGAAGUACAGAUUCAUCUGGGAUGUGGACAAAAAGGAGUUCUAUUUGUUGACUGGAAUUGACUGUGGUAUAGAUACCCAYGAAUUGCAUGAACAAAGGGGAAUAUCUGCCCGAGAUCAAUAUCUGCGUCGUGCUGUCUACGGGCCAAACRUUAUUGAUGUUCCAUUGCAGACUAUUUGGUCACUGAUUUUCACUGAAGUUCUUAAUCCAUUUUAUGUAUUUGAAAUAUUUUCAUUUAUACUUUGGUACCUUGACGAUUAUUUAUCAUAUGCCUCAGCUAUAUUUGUUAUGUCAUUAGUCAGUAUUAUUACUGCUGUUAUACAAACAAGGAAGAAUCAAAGGAACCUUAGGAGUACCGUGCAUUCCAGCGAUGUUGCUAAUGUACUACGAGAGAAUAAUGUAAUUACAGUUCCUACAGAAUUGUUAGUUCCAGGGGAUGUUUUGGUUAUCCCUAGUCAUGGUUGUGUUAUGCACUGUGAUGCAGUCCUUCUCACAGGACAUUGUAUUGUUAAUGAAAGUAUGCUUACAGGUGAAAGUGUUCCUGUAACCAAGACAACAAUACCUGGAAACGCAGACCUAAAAUAUGACAUUAAAGAACAUGCUCGUCAUACAUUAUAUUGUGGAACAUCUGUUAUACAAACUCGUUAUUAUGGYGAGGGACGAGUAUGUGCUGUUGUGGUACGUACAGGCUUCCAYACUAGUAAAGGUUCUUUGGUACGUUCAAUAUUGUAUCCAGCACCAGUUGAUUUUGAAUUUGAACGGGACAGUUAUAAGUUCAUCCAAGUACUAGCAGGCAUUGCUACUGUCGGAUUUAUAUACACCGUGUUUAUCAAAGUAUCUCGAGGACAUUCUCUUGAUUCAAUAUUGAAGAAAGCUUUUGACCUAAUCACAGUUGUAGUCCCUCCUGCAUUGCCUGCUGCUAUGACUGUUGGACAAAUGUAUGCCCAAAUGAGAUUAAAAAAUCAUCAUAUAUAUUGCAUCAGUCCAAGAUCUAUAAAUGUGGCAGGGUCAAUUAAUUGUGUUUGUUUUGAUAAAACUGGUACCCUGACUGAAGAUGGUUUAGAUAUGUGGGGUAUAGUCCCUGUGACAACAUCAAAAUUUCUACCUUGCUAUAGGAAUGUGAGUUCAAUGUCAUCAGACCAUUUGCUCAUGUCAGCUAUGGUUACAUGCCAUUCUAUUACAUCCAUCGAUGGAAAGUUGUCUGGUGAUCCUUUAGACUUGAAGAUGUUUGAAUCAACUGGUUGGUUACUCGAAGAACCUGAGACUAGUGAAGACAACCAAUUUGAUCUGGUUAUGCCAGUUGUUGUUCGACCACCAAAUAAAAACACAUUCACUACUAUUGAACAAAUUGGACAAGAAAUUGGUAUCAUUCGUCAAUUCCCAUUUAGCUCAAGUUUGCAGUGCAUGAGUGUAAUAGCCAAACAUCUUUCUUCUAACUUGACACAUGUCUAUACCAAAGGGGCUCCAGAAAAAAUUUUAAGCCUUUGUAAUCCUAGUUCAAUUCCACCAGACUUUGAUCAAGUAUUACAACGAUUUACCAAACAAGGUUAUCGAGUGAUCGCUGCUGGCUACAGGGCUUUAAAGAAUAAUUUGAGCUAUGUUAAAACACAGAGAUUAACCAGAGAACAAGCAGAAUGUGACUUGACACUUUUGGGACUGAUUAUAUUAGAAAACAGAUUAAAGCCGGAAAGUGCUGGUGUUUUGGACACACUACGGUCUGCAAAUAUUAGAAUUAUUAUGGUUACUGGAGAUAAUAUGCUUACAGCACUCAGUGUCGCAAGAGAUUGUGGAAUCGUGUUGGAAACAGAAGAUGUUAUUACUGUGCAUGGAGUUACGGUGCCCCCUUAUUUGUAUUUCACAGCACCUGAUAUGAAUGUAAACCAGACAAUUAAUUCAAAUUCUAUUAAACUGAGUACUCUAAUAUCACCCAAUUCUGAUAAUACUGUAAAUUUGAAUAUGGAUUUAUUAGAAGCUGGAUUAUUAAGCCCCUCAAGUACUACUGCUAAUACACCAAUUAAAUGUUCUCAGAGGUAUACUUUUGCAUUGACUGGAAAAACUUGGUCAUUGCUUAGGCAAUAUUGCCCAGAACUCAUACCAAAAAUCAUUACUAGAGCAUCUGUAUUUUCACGUAUGAGUCCAGAUCAAAAACAACAACUUGUUCAAGAGUUGCAGGGAAUCGGUUAUUAUGUCGCAAUGUGUGGUGAUGGUGCCAAUGACUGUGGAGCUUUGAAAGCAGCACACACUGGUAUAUCACUGAGUGAAGCAGAAUCAUCUGUUGCUAGUCCAUUUACGUCACGCAAAGCAUCUGUUGAAUGUGUUGUGAGGGUAAUUCGUGAAGGUCGUGCUGCUCUUGUCACUUCUGUUGGCAUAUUCAAAUUUAUGGCUGGGUAUUCACUGGUACAAUUUAUAUCAGUUAUCCUGCUCUAUUCUAUCGACAACAACUUAUCAGAUUAUCAGUAUUUGUACAUUGAUUUAUUUCUUAUAUCACUCUUUGCAUUUUCAAUAAGUCGUACCUCUGCAUAUGAAGGACCCUUAGUCAAACAAAGACCUGAGACGUCRCUUGUCUCUGCCUUGCCGUUGACUUCACUUAUUGGACAAUUAGUUAUUUCUAUUGCAAUUCAAUUGAUUAGUUUCAUAGCCAUUCGAUGUAAUGAUUGGUUUGUGCCUUUUCAAUAUAAAGAAGACGCAUCAAUUGAAAGCUUUGAGAAUUAUGCAGUGUUUAGUGUAUCGUCAUUACAGUAUAUAAUUUUAGCUCUAGUUUUCAACAAGGGACCACCAUACAGACAGGGUUUACAAUCAAACUGGUGUUUAUCUAUCAUAUCAGUAGUCAUAUUAGCAUUUACUAUCUAUUUAUUUAUCUCUCCAUUUGAAAUUUUAAGAUCCAAAUUCGAACUCAAAUUACCUCCAGACAACUCMUCUUUCUUUUAUGUAGUUUUAGCAUUAGGGUUAAUAAAUUUAGCAUUGGCAGUAUUCCAUGAAAAAAUACUUUGUGACCGCAUACUUGUCAAAUUUUUGAGUUCUCGUUCUCAUAAGAGUAAAAGCUGGACAACCUCUUAUGCUGGAAUUGAGCAUGAGCUUCAAAAAAUGCCAGAUUGGCCUCCAUUGAGUAACGAUCGUUUUAGUUCAUCUUCGUCAUCACCAUUUUCGUAUACAUCACCUGAACAGCUGUCACCGACUAUUCGAUCAACAGUGCAACCAAAUGGAACAGCUAGCAAUGGUGUAAAUUUAUCGUUACACCGUCGCUUUAAUUCAGAGAGUGAAGAAUCCAAUUAUGCUACUCCUGCUGGUAGCUUACAACAUAUUUGACAAAAUUGUUAUGUUUUUUCAAACAAUAUGUAUGUACUUAAAAUAGUAGUUACCUGUAGAUUUUUCUUUUUAUUGCCAGUAUAGUUUAUUUUGUAUAGAAUACAUAUAAAAAAUACAAAUAUAUUUUACUGUCUUUAAUUGUCUUGUGCGUCUUUUAUAGUAUUCAUAUAGACUAUAUCUGAAUAAAACAGAAGUCAACAAAAUKUAUAGAUGUUUGUCAUCUGCAUAAUAAUUAUUGAUUAUCGCGUUAAUUUACAAUAGAGUUAAUGGUGUCUUAAUGUUAUUUACUAUUUUAUUAUUUUUGUUUAACUUAAGGUUAAAUAUCAAAUCGCCAGUAUUUACAUUUUUAAAUUAUGAUUUAUUAUUGUUU